AAUAUUGCAUUAAGGAAUGCAGCCUUGCGCUUUUGUUUACAUUCGUGGUUGAGCGACUAAAUUGCAGUGAACAAGCAAAUCGAAACAAUUCACUUAGUGGUUUCUCCAACAUUUUUUUUUUAAUAUCUGAAAUUAAAAGUGUAAAGUUGUACUAAUAUAUACAUAUAUUAAAGUUAUUAAUUGUGUAAUGCUUGCAAAAAUCACGUGUGAAGUAACGUCUCGAUUCGUCCACCGGUACGUGAGUGAGUGUGAUUAUUCCAUUUCUAAUUAAAAUUUUAUAAUCUUGUGCAGAAAAAAAUUAGUAAACUGUAUUUUAGAACAUUUGUGCUACCAAAAAGUUAUGUUUUUAAAUGAAAUAUGCCUUUUUGCUUAUAUUAUUGCAAUGUGAGACAAUAUUGAGAGUCGUUCGGGUUUUGUUUAUGUUCGCGGAUGAAUGCCAAAAACUAUUACAGAGAACUAUGAAUCCAGGAGAUCUAAGGCGUGAUCGUUUUCCGAUCUUAAGCUAACAAUAUAAGUCAUGUAUUUUGACUACAUGAUGGCUCAUCGGUAUUAUUGUGGGACAUUUUGGUGAGGCAUUUAGUUCAUUCAGUCGGAAGCGCAUUGUUUUCUUAUUUGUAGAAAAAUUGACGGAGAGAACUAUCUAACUGGAACUGAAUCCGACUUUAUAUAUGGAAAAGGGCUGCUAAAACAAUAACUAUAUUGGAAACCGAAGAAGACUACUAGAAGCGAUGUUUUGUUCUGAUUGUGCCGAGGCUAUAUUUCUAACCAAGAUUUCCUCAUCUUAUAGAAUUCUCGAUUUGUCGAUUAAAAUCACACGUUUCGCAUAAAAAGAUAUGUAAAAGGUAUGGAUGAGAUAGCAUGGUAUAGCAGCUGAGAGUAAUAAAAAUAAAUGCGUGAAGUGCGAAAAUAAUGUGAAGACGUGGAAAUAGACGACAAAUAAGAAAUAAAAUAAACAAACCGCAAAAAGGGUUGAAAAAUAAAGUACUCGAUACAAAUACACGAUUUUGAUAAAUAAAUAAAAAUACAAGCUCGAAGAAAUCAAUACACGCGCAAACUUUCACAUGAAAAAGAAAAUAGUCGACCCAUAAAAAAUCCUACAUAUUUAUUUGAAUAACAAUCACAAACAAUAACAGCAACAAUGCCGGAAGCUACAACCACUUUCCCCUAUGUGUACACACCGGAACCGCCUAAGAAAGCGCCCAUCAUAAAACUCUCAUGUGGCAUCGGCGAUACGGAUGGAUUUCCCGCCUUUGACGUCGACUCGGACGCCUAUGCGGCCAAAGAUGAUCCCAAGUGGGGGUUUCUAAUCACAGGCGGCGCUGAGUUUCACAUGGCGUUGACCGUAUUUCAGGUGACGCCAGACGGUUUAGCGGACAAAGGUGGCAUUCGUUUGGGUGAUAUUAUACUAGAAAUUAACGAAGAAGACGCCACCGAGCUUACACUUACUCAAGCGCAUGAGAAAAUUGAAGCUUGUGGCAAGAAAAUCCAUUUCCUUGUAAAGAACAUGGAGGAAGAUCCAGAUUUUGAGUUGGGCGAGGAAAAGUCGAUUGUGCUGCGUGUGCCAAAACCAGCACCACCGCCGCAGGUGAAAUCGGCUGCUUCAAUAGAGGCUCGCCUGCGCGAGAUGCAACGUAAAUUAUCGGAAAUUGCGGAAAUACCGAAAAUACUCUCCUCCACACUCGCCACCGAGUCGCAAACAUUUGAGAAAUUGAAUCCCAGUGAUUUGCAGCAAUACCGCAAGCAUUCCUACGAUGAGGAUGCACUGGAUUACGAGCUAAGUGGCGCCAACGCCGAACAUCGUCUCAAGUUGAAGGCUAAAGGAAAAGCAAACGUCAAAACCGCUGAGCCAUUCGGCGGCGCUAAAAUGUACUUGGCUAAAGACUCCACGCCGGAAUCGGAUUAUGCAUCGGAAGGCAAUUAUGAAUCAAAUGAAGCAGACACGGAUGACGAUUAUGACGUUGGUGACUGCCGCGACAACGAUGAUGAAAAUGCUUGCGAGAGCAGAAAUAUGAAAGAAGGUAAUGGAGCGGGCAAAGCAGUCGGUUUUGAGGACGUUGAAAGUGGAGCAUGUAAUUACAUUUUGCGCGCUACAGAUCCAGCAGAAAUCGAAGCUGGCAGUGAGGCAGAAGCCGCCACACCAUUUUCCUUUCUGACCCGAAGGAGGCCGACCAAGCCAAGUCAACCGCAACGCAAACAAUAUAAACAAUAUCAUCAUGACAAUGUCAAUGUCAGCGUUAAUGUUGUUGUAGGUGGCAAUGUUGAUGCUGAUAUGACGACGACGGAUGAUGAAACUCAGGAUUAUGCCGAUGAUGACGACGAGGAUUCCGACGAAGAUGUCGUAACAGCCAGACGCGUUAAUGACGACUCAGGUAGUGAUGAUGAAACAGACGCAGGUGACGUUGCAGGCAAUGGGGACGAGGACGAUGACGAUGGCUCUGAUGAUGGCUCUGAUGAUGACGAUGAAGAUUUUCUAACUGCCACCUACACAUGGAAUUUGAACAAAAUACCCAAGCUACAGUUGAAUGACGAGAAACAAACGGGCGACGAAAUCAAUUCAUAUACGGAUCAGAUUGAAAUAGAUGACACGGAUGAGGAAAAGCCGAAUAAGAAAGCGCGUUGGUGCCAUGCUGACGCUGACUUGCAGAAGGAAAAACAUUUGCAGUGGGUCGAUGAUGAGGGUGAAAAGGAGAAAAAGUUUGCUGAUAAAUUGGAGCGUUCGUGGCCCUGGGCUGAUCGCGAGAAAAUAAUAUACAAGCAAUCAACUUGUCACCUGGUACGUCGACGUCCUUUGGGUUUGGUUGAGCAGCGCAUCAAAUUAUUGGCUAAGCAAAAUCUCAGCGACAGCUUGGAACGACAGCUGCAUUGAAAUUGAAUCAUUGCUUUGAAAGGUUAUUGGCAAAAGUUGCAUUGAUAUUGCGAAAUUAGCUUGAUAUGCUACGAAAACUGCCAUUUUUAAUAUACUGCUAGUAAAUUAUAUAUAUUGUUUUAAUACUCCUUAUAGUUAUCGAAAGAAUGUCAUAUUAAAUCGUUAUUUAGCUAUAUUAGCGCCCAUUUGCAUAUUUCAUUUUGAAUAAAGCGUUGUUUUUAAAA